GCCACGCCCUCGCCUGCGUCUGCGUGGCUGCUGGUAUUGAGUCGUGUCACCCUGUGGACACCGCGGGCACCUCGCGCGUGACGCCCCCCUUGCCGGAACACGCCAACACGCCGUGCCGCCGCCGACAUUGGUGGCGCCACCUGCUUGACGGCACGGGCGCGCGGGGGCGUGUCGCCCGCCCCGACGCACCGGGUGACGGGAGCGCGCUCCAUGAUUGGUCCUAGCCGCGCCAGAGCAGAGCAGAGCAGACGCUGCCGCCAUGCCGUCGCGACCCCGAACCGACCUCGCUCGCCGCCAGCAAUGGCGGGCAGCCCAACCCAAGCGCCGCGUCGCCCGCAGUGCAUGCGCGCGGCCGCUCCCCUCUAUAUAAAGCCACGCGGGCAGCCAUGGCGAUCCCGAUCACCAGCCCAGAUCAGACCGCGACCUUGCGAUGGUGAGGCCGUCGAUCGUGCUGUUCGGGGACUCCAUCACGGAGGAGGCGUUCGGGGAGGGCGGGUGGGGCGCGUCGCUGGCGAACCACUACUCCCGCUCCGGCGACGUCGUGCUCCGCGGCUACAGCGGCUACAACACGCGCUGGGCGGCGCGGGUGGCGGGUCGCGCCGUGGCCACCGUCGCCGGCGCCGUCGCCGCCGUCACCGUCUGCUUCGGCGCCAACGACGCCGCGCUGCCCGACCGCGCCAGCGCGGCGCAGCACGUCCCCGUCGCCGAGUACGCCGACAACCUCCGCGCCAUCUGCGCGAUGCUCCACCGGCGCUGGCCCGGGGUCGUCGUCAUCCUCGUCACGCCGCCGCCCGUCGACGAGGACGGCCGCCGCCGGUACCCGUACGCGCACGACUACUCCGGCCUGCCGGAGCGCACCAACGCGGCGGCGGGGGUGUACGCGCGGGCGUGCGUGGAGGUGGCGCGGCAGUGCGGGGUCAGGGCCAUCGACAUCUGGUCCAGGAUGCAAAAGUUCCCCGGCUGGGAGAAGUCCUUCCUCAGGGACGGGCUGCACCUGACGCCGCGCGGGAACCGGGUGCUGUUCGAGGAGGUGGUGUUCGCGCUCAAGGACGCCAACCUCAGCCUGGAGGCGCUGCCGGCCGACCUGCCGCUCUUCGGCGACAUGGACCCCGACAACCCGGCCAAGUCGUUCGAGGACGAAGACGAGUGGGCCGAGCGCUGACGAGGAGAUGGCAAACUCCAGUUUCGAGACUGGCAUUGAGCGCGUCAUCACAAUUAAUGUUGGGAACAGGGUUCUUUUCUGCAGCAUCAUGGCUUGUUCUCUUCCUCCCGAGCGCAAGCAGGGAUGUCUAGAGUCGUAAUCCAAUUCAUGCAACUGUACUUUGUUGUAAUAAGUUCAUUUUUCUCAGGUUCAUUCUUUUUUAACAUAAAAAAUGUCCAAUAAAUACCCACGGGUUUGUUCCUC